AUGACAGACAUCCUGGCACAGCAAACACCUCUCUCACUCCUCGGCCCCUCAGACAAGGAAAAGAAGUAUGACCGCCAGCUCAGGCUGUGGGCGGCCGAGGGCCAGGCUGCCUUGGAGUCGGCGAAUAUCCUACUCAUCAACUCGGGUCCCGGCACAGCGGGCGUCGAGACUCUCAAGAACCUUGUCCUACCCGGCAUUGGCAAAUUUACUAUUGCCGACAGUGCGACUGUCCAGGAUGAAGAUCUAGGCGUCAACUUCUUUCUGGACGAAUCAUGCCUCGGCAAACCGAGAGCUCGGUGCUGCACGGAGCUCCUCCUUGAGCUCAACCCGGAGGUAGAAGGAGUCUGGACAUCCAAAGAUCCCGCGAGCCUCCAGGAGCUGCUUGAUUCACCGGAAGUAUUCACCAUGGUCAUGUAUAGCCUUCCUCUACAUCCAGGCAUGCUUGAAGCCAUUGAGGCGUACGGUCGCCAGCAUCGGACGCCACUCGUCGCGAUUCACUCAGUGGGCUUCUACUCUUAUUUCCGCAUCACACUGCCCGGGACCUUUCCCAUCGUCGACACUCAUCCAGACGAGACUGCGACGACAGACCUAAGGCUCCUGGCCCCUUGGCCGGAGCUCUCUCAAUUUGCGAGAGAAAUGACCAAAGACAUUGAUAAUCUGGAUCACCAUGACCAUGGCCAUAUCCCCAUGGUUGUGAUUUUGCUUCACUAUCUCGAUAUCUGGAAACAACAGCACGAUGGCGCUUACCCACUAUCCUAUAGUGAGAAAACGGCAUUCCGACAGAUGGUGGCAGAUGCCAUGAGGCGAGACAACCCAGAAGGAGGGGAGGAAAACUUUGAAGAGGCCGUUGCUGCCGUUAUGAAGCAUGUCAAUCUGCCACAAGUCCCAUCAUCGCUCACAGAGGUUUUUGAAUACGAUCACAAGGAUGAACAACAAGCCAAGUCUAGUUUCUGGAUCAUUGCGGAAGCCAUGAAGCAGUUUUAUGCCGAGCACCAACGCCUGCCUGUCGCUGGUGGCCUGCCUGACAUGAAGGCGGAAUCUAGUGUCUACAUCAAGCUGCAGAAUAUCUACAAAGACAAGGCUCGGCAAGAUGCAAACGACGUCUUGGCCAGAGUCCGCAAACUUCCGGGAGGCGAAAACGUUGAUCUGGUGGAGGUGGAGCUUUUUUGCAAAAAUGCGCGGUUCAUCAAGCUCAUUAAUACCAGGACAGAGACCCCCCUGAGUUUGGAGCAGAUCAUCGAACGCGAGCUCAGCAACGACAAUACGGCUGCUGUUGUCGGGCCGGAAAUGCCAUUCUCCCUGAUCCCCAUCUACCUGGCAUUGAGCGUAUUAUCGCAUAAUCCGAUGGCUUCAGCUGAUGAGAUUACAGCCGCGGUCUGUGCAAUGGCGCCAGCUCUCAAGGGCAACGAGCGCCUGACGCAAGUGGCCCAGGAGCUGUCGCGAGCAGCUGGCGGGGAGUUGCACAAUAUCUCGGCCGUGACUGGAGGAAUGGUGGCACAAGAGGUGAUUAAGAUCAUUACGAAGCAAUAUGUCCCCAUCGAUAACACGUGUAUAUUCGACGGGGUCGAGAGCCGAUGCCAAGUAUUGCGGCUAUAG